AUGGCUGAUCCACCAAACGAUUCAGGAACCCCUCAAUCGCCACGGCCACCCCCGCCAACAUCGCAGGGUCAGGCGCACAAGGUCUACCAGAAUCGCGCAACUAGUGCUCUGGCCAGACUAACGCAGCCUUUUUUCACUGGAUCGCGUUCCCCGAGCCCAUCAGAUGUGUCUAACCGUUUGCCGGAAGACGAUCACCAUGUCAGAUUGACGAGGUCAAAAUCCUUACCAGGGUCCCCUCAGACAGUCACUCAUCGCACUGGCGUAUCGAUUGCCGCACUGGACAUUUCCCCGCAGAAAACGCACGCCGUUAUCGCCGGCCGAGAAAUUUUCAAGACAAUUCGCGUAUCCCAAGAUGGCUCCUCUGAAGAAUUUAACCUCCGCGACGCGAUCAUCAAGGCUUCAUCUAAGAAACAGGCUCUUACCGGCUUAGCCUCGAAGUUCAAGGAUCAAUUAGCUAUCAAAGAUGUGAAGUGGUCUCAUGGCGAAUUCGAUACAGUCAUUGCAACGGCCGCCGCCAAUGGCCGUAUCAUCACGUACGACCUGCAGCGAGCAGGGCUGGAGCUCUCAAGGCUGAGUGGUCACAGCCGUCAGGUCCACAAAUUAGCUUUCAACCCGCACCGUCCGGCCUGGCUCCUAUCGGGAAGUCAAGACAGCACGAUUCGCAUGUGGGACUUGAGAUCGGCUUCUCCUGCAGCUACUAUUCAGAGUAUAUCUCGCUAUAGUAGCAACAGCGAUGCCGUACGCGAUAUCCGAUGGUCUACCGGUGACGGCACGGUAUUCGCAACGGCGACGGAUAGCGGAGCAAUUCAAUGCUGGGAUUAUCGACAGACCAAGGCCCCGCAGCUAAAGAUCACAGCUCACGAAAAGCCAUGUUACGCCGUCGACUGGCAUCCAGAUGGGAAACAUCUUGUGAGUGCCGGCACGGACAGACAGGUCAAAGUCUGGGAUUUCUCUUCAUCGGCGGAGCGCAGGCAGAAACCGACUUUUCAAUUUCGAGCCCCGCAGCCAGUAGUGAACGUGAGAUGGCGACCGCCUAGUCGUGUGUCUGAGUUUUCUGAUGAUAGAAACUGGCAAUCGACGCAGGUUGUUACAUCCUAUGAUAAAGAAGACCCCCGCGUUCACCUCUGGGAUCUUCGUCGUCCACAUAUUCCUUACCGAGAAAUUGAUCGCUACGAAACCCCUGCUGCUGACUUAUUAUGGAAGUCAAAUGACUUGCUUUGGACUGUCGGCGAAUCAGGAGCAUUUACUCAAACGGACAUUCGGUUCGUUCCCGAAGUCGUUAGUCGACGGCCAAUGUGUGCAGUCGCCUGGAGUCCGACUGGAGAGGUUGUUGCAACUGUGCAGAAGCGGCCUCGCCGCCGGCCUUUGGCUACAAAGAAUCCAGAGUUCUUUGGCUUUGACGAUGAGAAGGAUCGGAGUUUUGACAGACACCAGAGUUUCACGGAUAGCAGUGCCAUAGACGAUAUGGCAACUGUGCAACCAAAACAACAACGUGGAAUGAUGUUGGGCACUUCAAAGUCGCUGGGAAACACUCCUCCAGACCCCCAGGGAGACAGAAUUACGGUCAUACCUCUUGGUGACUCCUUAUCUGGCGAGCUUCCGACACCGCAUCAGCUAGGCAUUAUCGGACGAGUCGAGGGUGUUGCAUCCGAUGAGAUGGUCUUCCGCUAUUUAGCUGAGCAGUAUGCAGACUUGAUGAAAGACAAGGAGAACACGCUUCGUCCCAAAAAUCAAAUUCAGGCAGUCUUGGCAGAUCUUGAUUGGAACGCGGCACAAGCUGAAAUGGCAGGCCAACACAAGCUUGCUCAAACUUGGAGCAUUGUGAAAUAUACCGUUCUUCAGGAAAUCGAAGUUCGAGUGGAGGAGAGCAACCGGCGGCCCAAAGAGAAGGCGAAUCAAGGCCAUAAGUCUCCACAUGCACGUUUCAGUGACCGAACGCGUGUACCUGAUGGAUCAAAAUCAGUUAAAGUGAAGUCUCAUCUCUUUAAAGGCGUCAUCGAAACAGACGCCCAUCGACGCCGGACGCCGGAGAUUGAGAGUACAUCUAACAUGACUACUCCUCUUGCGCAGCCACUUCCAGAUUCUCCUUCUGGUGUCCAUUUCUCUUCAGUUGUUCAUGGGGAUUCUGUGACAGAUGAUCUCAUCGACAUACAGCCUUUACCACCUUCCGUCAUGAGUUCACAUUACAGUGCUAGAAAUCAAGUUGAUACUACAAGUGCACCGCGGAUGCAGCGUCAGGAAUCGGAAUCAAGCGAAUUCAUGCCCUUUUACUCAGGUAGCUUCAACUCAGAGCAAGCCCGAGAAGGUCGAUUUGAUGACGCCGAAGACGACCAGAGGUCUGCGCCGCGAGCUAUAACUAGUCGUGCCGACUGGCAUCGUCAUAGACCAAGUGAUGUUGGAGCGAAGGAAGGGUCUGGAGACGAUUACGAGCAGAAGGUUGAAAGCCGCAAAGCUCUUCUACGUGACUACAAGGCCCCACCGAGAAAAGUCUUGAACCUCGAAUCUCUCGCCAGUGAUGCAAGCCGUCCGACACGUCCUGGGCCCUAUCUUCGACAUGACUCUACUGAAAGCUUCCCAAUGUUUUCCGCUUCGACAGAUAGCUCGCAACGCACAAAAUCCGUUGACAUUUCGUUAUCUCCAAGAACCAGUGCGCUUGCUUCAUCAAGAAGGGAUAGUGUUGGCUGGGAUACAGAAGAGGAUGCCAUUCUUGAGGAGGAGGAACCGACAUCCUCUGAUGCUGCCAGUGUCAGUGCUCCUGAUUACGGGUCUUACAAAGAUGAAAUCAUUCCCGGGAAUCCCUGUCCCGAAGAUCAUCAAAUUCAUCUACAGCGUCCAUCGAGCCCUGCCCCAAUUCUAGCGGAGUCGGACAAAGUUGAAAAGAAUCGGCAACAAGAAAACCUUGGCGAUAGAAAUACAGAGCACAAUGAAGACUUUCAGUUGCCUCUUUCUCCUGAAAUAUCCGCAAGCAAGCCUUGGGGCGCUCAAGUCAUUUUGAGGGAGGCAGUUCGACAUUAUCAUAGUACUAGCCCUGUCGAUACCCAGAUGGCUGCUCAUCUCCUUCGGACGGUGCAUUCACUCUUCUAUGACUGCGAGACAAUCUUGCCGUACCACGAGUGCGAGCAGGUCUUCAAAGCGUAUAAUGAGCAGCUUAUUCGACAUUCCAUGUACGUAGAAGCCGCUGAGCUUCGAAAUUUCUGUGUGCCACUGUAUCCGUCCGUAUACGGGUAUGCACAGACGGAUACGCACAUCAAUGUGUUUUGCUAUACUUGCAAGAAACCUUACGAGAACCCCGUCAAAGACAAUCGACGAUGCCACAGAUGCCGAAUGCCGCAGAGUCCCUGUCCCAUUUGCCUCAAUUUGGAGCCGCCUCUUGAAUGGGUUAUACCCGAAUCUGAAGGGGGCAAUGAAGAAAAUGUGGAGGACCACUCCCAAGGCUCCCUCCAUUCUGAUCUGACCGAACCUAUCCCAGGGCUGGAGGUAGAAGCCUUUGGUCAAAAAUCUCUCCGUACUCCAGGUUCCGGCUUAUGGUCAUGGUGCCAAGGCUGCGGACAUGGUGGCCAUCUAGCCUGCAUGAAAAAAUGGCUCGGCGAUCUCGAAGCAAGCGAAGGCGGCUGUCCUACACCGGGUUGCAUGCACGACUGCGGACCCGGCCCACGACGGCAAGAGCACCGCGAGGUCGUGCAAACAGUGUCAUUCGGACGCAGAAUCACAUCAAAUACAGCCAAGCGCGAUUCUUGGGUCACCGGCGAAAGCAGAGCUGUUGAGAAAGUCCGCGGUAUGUUGACUUCGGCUGCAGCACCGGGAUCAUCUGGUGAGAUUUCAUUGGGAGGCGGUGUGAGUAGUGGCGGUAGUACUGCACUUAAUACGUCGUCUGGAGGUGGGACAAUGGGAUCCUCGAAGAAAGUUAGACUGGUGACUCCUAGAGAGGAAGGGUUGCAUAAGGAUAUGGAUCAUUUAUUGCGUGACAAGGAGUCAACAUCAGAUCCCUUUCCAGGUUAG